GUAAACAAGAAGUUUCUCGCCAAUAAAAAAUUUUAGAUUUAGUUCCAAAAACUACUUGUAGUGCUCGGUAAAGCACGAAAGAUAUUGAUCUUUCGAAAAUGCAGCGAUACACAUUAAAUUUAGGCCAAAUUUUCUUGGAUCACAGGCAAAAAGUGUUUGUAUGCAGACGUAAUUCCUGGAAACUCGUAAGCUGUUUACAAGAUUAUCUUCGGUCUACUUUCAAUUUGAAAGGAACAAUAUAUCUAACUAAUGAAAAUGAUGUUUUGUUCCCGGAGUCGGAAAACAUAGAUAUAUUCCAGGAGAAUGACCAGAUCAUAGUCCAUGUGUCAACUGACACUCAACCAAUUGACGCGCAAAUCAAGGAAAAUGGUUUGCCACGUGAUUGCAAUCUGAACGGAAAGCGAACAUUAGAGCGUUCCGAUGACUCUGAUUCUUGCUCUGAUAAUGAUAAUUUACCACAAAUAUUUGCAAAAGUGGAAAGUUUGACUAAAAAUAAUGAUGUCGAUGAAUUUAUGAAACCGAAAAGAAAACGUAUUCGAAAGCGAAAAUCAAAAACGAAAGAGACCGAAAUUACACCAAAAGUAGUUGUAAAAACAUACGGUAAAGGCAAAAUUCCCUCCAUCGUAAUGAGUAAUGGGAGGUCGUCCAAUCAUAUUCGAUUUGACGUAGAUGAAUCAGUGAAAGCCGAUGAUAGUGAUGAACCUUAUAUAAAUCUAAAUAAAAAUACUGUUCCUCGAAUUGUGAAAGCUAUUUCGGUGACAGAUUCACUAUUUUGUAGCCAGGAUAUACCGUCAGUUCCAGAGUAUGAAGAUAUUCCCGGUAUUGAGUUAGGCGAUGUAAUUGAUAAUAUUAAAGGAAAAAAGAAUCAGCGAAAACGUGAAAAGUCGGUUGAAAUCAAACAAGAAACGAUUGACAUCAAAUUGAAGCGCCAAGCUUCUCCAACGUGGGAUGCGGAAGUAGAUCAGGAUAAGGAGAAAUUUAUUGCUAGUUAUAGCGGUGAUGAUCCUUGGAACAGCCUGCGAGAUGUGCUGGUCAAUUUUCCGGCCAUAGUAAUACCAAGCGAAAAUGAUAUCAUCUCGUAUCGAUAUGGCGAAGAUUCUUACCUUUCUUUCGUGGAAUGCGUCAAUGAUGGUGAAAAUGAUGAAUCGCCUGCAUUAAAGCUGAUGCUGCGCAGAUUGAACACUAACAAUUCGCAGACAAUGACUGCUGCUUUGGAUCAGCUUAGCGACAUUAGGCUUAUCGCUUCCUAUCAGCCGUAAGUUGAUUGUACGUGUCAAAUAAAUGUUUAUGUUAAGUAUGUAGUGACAAGGUUUAUUUUUGUUACUAGUAUGUGUUCAUAAAUACAACUAUUAU